CUACUAUACACUACGUCCUGUACCCUUGCAUACUUGCAGCAAAUCAACAUUCCUAUCCGUGUACUUAUCUACACACAUAUGCAAUAGAACGGCCAAAUAGCACAAGAAGGUACCAAUAUAUACAGGGAAACAGUAAUCGGUCAUGGAGAGUUCACCGUACCCGGCUCACUUGGAUCAGCUUUCACCUCCGCUUUCCCUUCCGGAACACACCUGGGAGACGGAUAUGUCGCGCCCUACUUCUUCCUCGGAUGUCCACAACGCGGGCGAGGACGCAACGCCUCUGCCACAGCGGCUUGCCAAAAUAGCUCACAUGGUCUCGCAGAACGCCGACGUGUCAAGUGAGGAUACGACCACGGUCCACCAGUGCCUCAACACUCUGGAAGCCCUGUUGGACCCGCGGCCAAAACUCACCCAGGAGGUCGUCAAAUGCCGACCCACGCAUAUCUACCCUGAAACUUCACACCCUGUGGCUUCCGCAGCCUCCUGCUCUGUCCCGAUGGAGGACCGUGCUUCAUCCGCCUUCGACCCUUCGAGCUCGCAACUCAUAGCUCUUUUGAACGAAGUAACCGCAUUGAAUACCGACUUGAACCAACGCCGUAAAGAAUCGUCCCAAAUAUAUGAUCUUCUCAGGCGCGAGUGCCGAGGCCUGUCGCGACGGGUAUUGGAGCUGGAAAAUGAGGUCCACGAGCUGGAAACAGACAUAAUGGAAGGCUCAGCAGAGCGUGAAGCACUUCACGGUACGGUUUGCGGACUCGAGGCGUGGGUUAACGGAUGGCAGAACGAACGUAAACCGGAAGCAUCGCGACAAAAUAAAGGAAAGCGGUGGAUGAGGCGUAAGCCCGAAGAGCGCUAUGAGACAGAUGCAGAAGCACUUCUAGAGGGCAUAACCGCGUGGAUGCGUGGCUGGAAAGAUGUCGAAGAAGGUUUCCGCGUUCGUGAAAGAGAUCGGCAAGAAAGAAGGGAAGCAAGGCAAAGGCGUACUAGAUUAGCCACAAACUCUGCGGAUAACACAUAGGAAAACCCAUCAUAUGACCUGGGAACGCUGAGUUGCCGGGUUUGGGAUUAGAUUCGGCUGGAAGCGACUGCGAUGUAAGAAAACCGAGACCGAGGAUUUGCCGCAAAACUGAUGCAAAACCCAAAAUAAAGGAAGAUUCUGAUAUUCAGUAAUCAUGCCGACCAAGAAGCAAUGGUACAGUUGAGAAUUAAGAGAAUAGAAUGCGCCAAUGUGCCCACCGUAACCCACUAUAACCGCAACUGACUGCUUUUCUGUUGAAAACCCCGAGUCUGCGCCGAUAUGUAUCAUCUAACCAAAUGGUUAUUGAAUAAAUUAGAAUGCUGAAA